AUGUCCAUCGCGCCGCCAGUCGAGGCCAAGCGCCGCCCUGUUGGAGGUACCGAGCUCAGCUGGUGCAAGGCGGUGCCUGGUGGCACUGGUAUAACUGUACUGGCCCUCCUCCUGUCGAAAACUCUGGAUAUCACACUUCUCCGAAAUGCCCUCCAUAAACUUCAAAUUUCCCAUCCGAUUCUCAAUUCCCAACUUCAUUUUAAUCCCACUUCUAAUUCUUUUUCUUACAUCACACCCCCAACUCCCCAACUCCAAAUCCAACCAUUCGAUCUCCAAUCGACAUCCAAGAUUCUUCAAACCCUUGACAAUGGCAAUGGCAAUCGCACUCCGACCUCCAUUUCACCCUUUCACCUUAUCCUUGAACACGAGCUGAACAAGAACGUGUGGCAGAAUAUUGACCCUUUAUUGGACAUCGAUCUUUUCUUUGCCAGCGUGUACACUUUGGAAAAUGACAAUUCGGUUGUGGCCCUCAGGUUGCAUACUUCAGCAUGUGAUAGGACAUCAGCGUUGACAUUGCUCCGGGAGCUGUUGGGGUUGAUUGACGGGGAGGGGUUGGAUUCAUCGGAAUUAGGAAAAGAAAUGCAGGUUAAUUUGGGAAUUGAGGAUUACAUUCCCAGUGGGAAGGCUAAUAAGCCCUUAUGGGCUCGUGGAGUCGACAUGUUGGGAUACUCUUUGAAUAGUUUAAGGUUUUCCAAUCUAAGUUUUAAGGACACGGAGUCGCCUAGGAUGUCACAAGUUGUGAGGCUGCAGUUGAAUUCAGAAGACACUGAUCGGAUUCUAUCUGUAAGUGAUGAAUUUUUAAGCGAAAUUUGCUAG